AUCCUGGCUGCGUUCUUCUCCUCCCUAAUCUGGGGCACUAACGCUCAGGCUGAUUGGAAAGAGAUCGUCAAACAUGUUUCAGGGGCUGGCAGUGUCUGGGUGGGGAAUGAUCCACGGAACAAUUGAAGCUUCUUUUUAGUAGCAAACCCCUGACUAGCUUCCAGGUUGAGAGCUGGUCAUAUUUCAGAGGCACAGAGGCCCGCUUUCACUCUCACGCUUCUCAUCCUUUGGACCCAUCUCUGGUGGCAACAAUGAGCCAAGAGGACAUGAAUCAGGCAGCGAUCCCACUCUGCGCAGAGGACGUGCACGGAGACAAUCGCUGGUUAUCACUGCACAGCCAAUUUGUGUUGGAAUGUAAAGACAAGGAGCCUGAUAUCCUUUUUGUUGGGGACUCCAUGGUUCAGCUUAUGCAACAGUACGAGGUUUGGAGAAAACUGUUCUCCCCACUUCACGCACUCAACUUUGGGAUCGGAGGAGACACCACACGGCACGUCCUAUGGAGACUUGAGAAUGGGGAACUGGAAAACAUCAAACCUAAGGUCAUUGUCGUGUGGGUGGGAACGAACAAUCACGAACACACAGCGGAGGAAGUGGUUGGUGGGAUCGAGGCCAUUGUACAGCUAAUUAAUAGACAACAACCUCAAGCCAAAGUGGUGGUUUUGGGUCUGCUGCCCCGCGGAGAGAGGCCCAAUUGUCUACGGGAAAAGAACAGAGCCGUGAACCAGCUCCUCAAGAAGUCGCUGCUGAAGUUCCCCAACAUGCAGUUCCUGAACGUCGACGGGGACUUUGUCCAUUCGGACGGCACCAUCUCCCACCACGACAUGUUCGACUACCUGCACCUUACCCAGAUCGGCUACGCCAAGGUAGCCAAACCCCUCUACGAACUGCUCAUUCAGCUGCUAGAGGAGACACCUGAGGAGAAGAAGGUCACCCUGGCGUGAACAGACCCCAAUCCCUACUGUGUCCAUAGCUCUGUGUCAUUACAGGAUCUAAUCAGCACUACGUAUAGAAUCCUGCAACACUCCCGCUAGAACCUCAUACCUUGAUUGAUUGUGAUCUCGAAGGGCAGGGUGGGUGACACACCACCUACCUGUUUAGAAGGAAUUGUGUGAGUUUCAUAAUGGCGUCUGUCUGACUCAAAGGCUGCAUCUGAAAUGGCUAAACGUGUACUUUGUUGUUUCACCUCAAUAUCGGGUGGUGGGGCUGGGCUGGCGUCAGCCGUUAGCAUAUCAAACCAACGCACACUCGUUCUUGUAACAAAAGCAGCAAGCGAUGCGAUAUUUAAACCUCCCCCCUCCCCCAUUGAUAGAAAUAGAAAGAAAUGACUCCUCUCCAUGAUGUGAAUGAUGUCGUUGCUCACAGCCUAACAUUGUUCCUUGUAGUUUUAAAUAUUAUAAAAAAAAUAGUGGUCACAGAAGUUCAUUUACCCAUUUGCUGUAGUGUUAACAUACGUUUUUUGGGGUGUGGGGGGGGAGUGGGGGUGAAAAAAAUUCCACAUCUGUUGCUGUUUGCAGUUUCUGCCGCUCGGUGGCAGACGCCGCCUUUGAAAAGAAGUCACCCGUUUCUGUGGAGACCCCUAGUGGCAGUGAGUGCGUACUGCAUGGCACUGUCUCCCCCCUCUCUCCCCACCCCAGGGUGGCCUUUGUGGGAUUAGCCACUGGUGAGUACAGUAUGUGGCAGCAACACAGCAUCGCAUGACAGGAGCUGGCCUUGUAUCGUCUCGAUUCAAUUUUAAUUCCUCCUUUUUUUACAUAUAUAUCUCUCUCUAACGUAUUCGCAGGUCAGCGCUGUCUCCAUUCUGCAACAGGAUUUCCUGCCAAUCAGUCAACCAUCACAUUAUUAGCCUCUGUAUUCAAUUUUAACUUGCUUUUAUUUCCUCUCCUCUCCCCCCCCCCUCCUCC